GGGGCGGGGGCAGCCGGGCAGCCGCGCAGCCCCGCGCCCGGGCCAGUGUCCGGAAGGUUAAACAUUGCGGAAUCUCGUGUGGGCAAGCCAGCCGCCGAGGCCAGGACUGUCCUGCGGAUGGCCGAGAGUCCUCCGCGGCCUGGAGACUCUGGAAAGGUUUCGUCCCCAGGAGGCCUUCCCGGACAGUCCGAAACCACGCGUCUUUGCGGCUGCCUCCGGGGAACGAUGGCCGCCUGAGUGUCUGCCAUGGCCGACCGUAAGCGACCAAGCACGGCGAGCAGCAUGCUGGACCACCGAGCGAGGCCGUGCCCGGGGCCCCUCGGCCGGGAGCCCGAGAGCCAGGACGCAGACCUGCCCCUGGAGGCGUACGCGCCCCAGGGCCUGGACCUGGCCGCCCUGCGGCCCGAGAGCCCCUCGCCCCCCGCGCCGGGCGGCCUGGCGCACAGCCCCGACGGGGACUCCAGCUCCGACUACGUGAACAACACAUCGGAGGAGGAGGAUUACGACGAGGGCCUCCCGGAGGAGGAGGAGGGCGCCACCUACUACAUCCGCUACUGCCCCGAGGACGACAGCUACCUGGAGGGCGUCAGCUGCAACGGGGAGGCGUACCUGGCCCAUGGCGCGCGACCCCUGGACACGGACGAGUGUCAGGAGGCGGUGGAGGAGUGGACGGACUCGGCGGGCCCGCACCCUUGCGGCCGCGGGCACGAGGGCGGCCCCGGCUACCCGGGCGGCCGCCUGCCCACCCCGGAGGACGAGGCCCCCGCGCCGGGGGCCCCAGACCAGGGUCACGGCCUUCACUACUGCCCCAGCGAGGAGGGCUACCAGGACUACUACGCACCCGAGGCCAACGGGAAUGCCGGCGGCCUGUCUCCCCGCCGUCCCAGGCGUGGUGGAGGGGACAUGGAGGACCAGGAGGAGGACAUCGAUCAGAUCGUGGCCGAGAUCAAGAUGAGCCUGAGCAUGAGCAGCAUCGCCAGCGCCGGGGAGGCCAGCCCCGAGCACGCGCCGCUGCGGGGGCCCGAGCCCGGGCCCGGGGGCCCCACGGAGGCCUGCCGGCCUGGCGACGCCGGCCGCGGCCCCAGCAGGCACGAGGGGAGGCCCACAUCGCUCAACCUGCCCCCCGAGGCCACGCUGCCUGCCGAUGCCCAGAGAGGCUUCAAGACCAAGCCCAGGACUCCCGAGGAGAGGCCGAAGUGGGCCCCGGAGCAGGUCUGCAACGGCUCCGAGCAGCCCCGGAAGCAGCAGCGCUCCGACCUCAACGGGCCCGCCGACAACAACAACGUCCCCGAGACAAAGAAGGUGGCCUCCUUCCCAAGCUUUGUGGCUGUUCCAGGGCCCUGCGAGCCGGAAGACCUCAUCGAUGGGAUCAUCUUUGCUGCCAACUACCUGGGCUCCACCCAGCUGCUCUCGGAGCGAAACCCUUCCAAAAACAUCCGAAUGAUGCAAGCCCAGGAGGCCGUCAGCCGGGUCAAGAGGAUGCAAAAAGCUGCUAAAAUCAAGAAAAAAGCGAAUUCCGAGGGGGACGCGCAGACCCUGACCGAGGUGGACCUCUUCAUCUCCACCCAGAGGAUCAAGGUGUUGAAUGCGGACACACAGGAAACCAUGAUGGACCACGCCCUGCGCACCAUCUCCUACAUCGCGGACAUCGGGAACAUCGUGGUGCUGAUGGCGCGGCGGCGCAUGCCGCGCUCGGCCUCGCAGGACUGCGUGGAGACCACCCCUGGGGCGCGGGAGGGCAAGAAGCAGUACAAGAUGGUCUGCCACGUGUUCGAGUCCGAGGACGCGCAGCUCAUCGCGCAGUCCAUCGGCCAGGCCUUCAGCGUGGCCUACCAGGAGUUCCUGCGGGCCAACGGCAUCAACCCCGAGGACCUGAGCCAGAAGGAGUACAGCGACAUCAUCAACACCCAGGAGAUGUACAACGACGACCUCAUCCACUUCUCCAACUCGGAGAACUGUAAGGAGCUGCAGCUGGAGAAGCACAAGGGCGAGAUCCUGGGCGUGGUGGUGGUGGAGUCGGGCUGGGGCUCCAUCCUGCCCACCGUCAUCCUGGCCAACAUGAUGAACGGCGGCCCCGCCGCCCGCUCGGGGAAGCUGAGCAUCGGGGACCAGAUCAUGUCCAUCAACGGCACCAGCCUGGUGGGGCUGCCCCUCGCCACCUGCCAGGGCAUCAUCAAGGGUCUGAAGAACCAGACGCAAGUGAAGCUCAACAUCGUCAGCUGCCCGCCGGUCACCACGGUCCUCAUCAAGCGGCCAGACCUCAAGUACCAGCUGGGCUUCAGCGUGCAGAACGGAAUUAUCUGCAGCCUCAUGCGGGGGGGCAUCGCCGAGCGAGGGGGUGUCCGCGUCGGCCACCGCAUCAUCGAGAUCAACGGGCAGAGCGUGGUGGCCACCGCCCACGAGAAGAUCGUGCAGGCUCUGUCCAACUCCGUCGGAGAGAUCCACAUGAAGACCAUGCCCGCCGCCAUGUUCAGGCUCCUCACGGGCCAGGAGACGCCACUGUACAUCUAGGCCCCGCGGAGCCAGACGCCGGAGCCGGGACCGGACCCCGCAGCCCCUGCCCAAGGACACUGGCUCCCGGAGGGGGCCUCACCCCCUCCUCCUCUUUUCUGACACAAAGGGGUGUGUCUUUAGUGAAGGAGAGU